AUGAGGGGGGUAAUCACUGCGUUGCUUCUGUCUGUCCUGUGCCUGGUGGGUCUGCGUGCUCAGUGCCCGGAGCCAGGUUUGCUCAAGGACUCCGGCGGCGCUAAGCUAUGUGCUCGCCUGUUCGAAGACAGCCACUACUACAACGAGCAAAGCUGCGGGGGAAAGUACCUCGACGUCUACCCUGGGGAGGACGCCCCCGUCCUCUCCCUCUUUUGGAACAACCGCAUCUCCUCCUUGGUGGUGGCCAAGCAGUGCAGCCUCACCGUGUGGUCGCGCAGCAAGAAGGAGGGAAAGCGGAAGAAGUUCUCCGCGGGGAUCCAGUACCGCCUGAAGGAUGUCACCCAGGGCCUGUUCGGAAACUGGAACAACGACAUCUCCGGGUACUUCUGUGAGUGCUAGCCGCUGAGCCAGCCAGCGAGGAGAAGGGAGAAGGAAGAAGGGAAGAGGGAAUGAAGAGGAAGGAUGGAGCGGCAGCUCAUCAUGAUGCAACGAUGUGUUGUCAUGGACAGCUGGAGGCUGUGAAAU